CUCUAGUUCGAGAUUUUUUCUCCAAAAUAUACAAACUUUCUCUUUCUCACCUCAAAAUUCAUGCAAACAAAAAAACUAACAUCAUCACCAUUGCAGAUUUCAUCCUAUCACUCAUAAAUCAUAACAUCUUCAAAGGGUUAUCAAUAGUUUCAUUCAUUUGUCAUCAAAGAAUCUAUAUUGAGAGUUACAUUACAUCUGCAAUUUUUCAUUCUUCAUAUAAAGGAUGGAAAAUGUGUAAAGAUGAAAUUGUUGUUUACACCAAUGGCAUUAGAAGAUGAAUAUUUAUAUUGAUGAUGCUAUAAGGGAUUUGAAAAUUUGAAUUUUUUUAUGAUUUAGAGAGAAAAAGUUUAAUGGCUUUUCGCGCCUUUAGAUCACAAUCGGUAUCGACACAAGGAUCAUAUAAUUUAGCAGAGAAAACAAUAGAUGAUCAUGUUCCGAGCAAAGUUGCGCAAAGCACGGUAACAUGUUUGUACCAAGCCAAUGUAGCUGGAUUUUGGAGAAAUGUAUCAAUUCUAUGGUGCAAAAAUCUCAUGAACCAUUCGUUACACAUCACGAUCGAUAGCGUGGGAGGUGAUACAAAAUUCAGCUGCAAGAUUGACGUGAAAUCGUGGCCUUUUUGGAGCAAAAAAGGGUACAAAACAUUCGAAGUCGAAGGGAACCAAGUGGAGGUUUAUUGGGAUCUUCGGAACGCGAAAUUCUCAGGUAGUCCUGAACCGAGUAGCGAUUACUAUGUAGCCUUAAUUUCAGACGAGGAGGUUGUUUUGUUGUUGGGAGAUUACAAGAAAAAGGCAUACAAAAGAACGAAAUCUAGACCUGCGCUGGUCGACGCGGUGUUACUUGUGAAGAAAGAAAAUGUUUUCGCGAAGAAAAGUUUCGCUACAAAGGCGAAGUUCGACGAGAAGAGAAAAGAGAACGAGAUUGUUGUUGAUAGUUUAACGAACGGCGGACCUAAUGUCGAUCCCGAAAUGUGGAUUACCGUCGACGGGGUUGCUUUGAUUCAUGUUAAGAAUUUGCAGUGGAAGUUUAGAGGGAACCAAACUGUUAUGGUGAAUAAACAACCUGUGCAAGUUUUUUGGGAUGUUCAUGAUUGGUUGUUUAGCGGUUCCGGUUCGGGGCCGGGACUUUUCAUAUUUAAGCCUGGGCCUGUUGAAGCUGAAAGUGAAAAAGAAGGUAGUGUUGUUGAAGCUAGUGAAAAUAAUGAUGAUGCUAGUGUUGGUUGUUAUUCAUCUCUUAAUGGUUCUACUUUUGAGUUUUGCCUUAUUCUCUAUGCUUAUAAGAUUGAGUAAUAGAGAAUUAAGAGACAAAAAAAUGUAUGAUAGUGAGAUUCACUAAUUAGUAUCAUGAUUUUUCUUAGUUAGCUUCAUUUUAAUUUUUAUGAGUAUGUUGGAAUGAAUAUUAUUUGCUACUAUUGUGAAGCCGAAUGCGCGAU